AUGUCAAAAGCAAAACAUACGGCAGAUGUGGGAACUGUUGACUAUAUGGCACCGGAAGCCGAGACGAAAGAUUACAAUCAUUUGACAGAUAUCUACAGUCUAUCCCUAAUCGGGGCUCAAUUAUUUGGUUUCGAUACAUACGAUAUAAUUGAGGGAAAGUAUAAUUGGUAUAAUCUCAAAAUAUGAUAAUAAUCUAGAUGAAUUUAAUAUUAAAAUGAAUGCAUUAUUGGUGUCAAUGGCUGUCAAUAAGUAUCGCAAAAACGGUUCAACAGAUUGGAGGCAAAGACCCGAAUGUUCGCACAUUUUAUCACAAUUGCAGACAUUUAUGACAAAUAAACCCAUUAUUGGGGAAAAUGAGUUGAAAUUAAUUAUAACUAAUAUUAAUGACA